GGCGAUGGCUGAGCCCGCGGCGCUAUGUUUCCCUCCCCCCCACCCCCUCGGGCGGCGCCUCCGGGGAGGGCGCUGGGGGGGAAGUGCCUUACAUGGGCCCCUCUGCGGUCGGCCUCCCAGCCCGCUGCCCGAAAUAACCCCCGGCGCCCGCCGGCGGGCCCCAGGGCGGGGCGAUGGCGGCGGCCCGGGACGCCGCGCCGUGCGGCCGCCCCGAGCCCCCUCCCACCCGCUUCCACCCGGUGCACGGAGCCAACAUCCGCGUGGACCCCUCGGGGACGCGGGCCACGCGCGUGGAGAGCUUCGCCCACGGCGUGUGCUUCAGUCGCGAGCCGCUGGCCCCCGGCCAGGUGUUCCUGGUGGAGAUCGAGGAGAAGGAGCUGGGCUGGUGCGGCCACCUGCGCCUCGGCCUGACGGCGCUGGACCCCGCCAAUCUGGCCACCGUGCCCGAGUUUUCUCUACCCGACCUAGUCAACCUGGGCCACACCUGGGUCUUCGCCAUCACGCGCCACCAUAACCGGGUGCCCCGGGAGGGUCAAGCCGAGGCCGAGGCGGUGGCCCCGGGCCGCCCGCCCGCCCUGCUGGCCGACCCCUACGUGUACGUCGAGCAGUUCCGACUUCCCCGGGACCGGCUGGUGGGCCGCAGCCGGCCGGGACGCUACAGCCACCUGCUGGACCAGCUCUACGAGCUGAACGUGCUGCCGCCCACCGCGCGCCGCAGCCGCCUGGGCGUUCUCUUCUGCCCGCGCCACGAUGGCACCGCCGACAUGCACAUCCUGGUCAACGGCGAGGACAUGGGCCCCAGCGCCCGGGGGCUGCCAGCUGCCCAGCCCCUCUACGCAGUGGUGGACGUGUUUGCCUCCACCAAGAGUGUGCGCCUGGUCCAGCUUGAGUAUGGAUUGCCGUCUCUGCAGACGCUCUGCCGCCUGCUGAUCCAGAGAAGCGUGGUACACCGGCUGGCCAUCGACGGGCUCCACCUGCCCAGAGGACUCAAGGACUUCUGCAAGUAUGAAUGAAAGUCUGCAGCCUCCAGAGCAGGGUCUGGCCCCAGAGCUGGGGCUGACCCGAAGCUGACUGACAGCACUGCUGCUGUCCCCACCUGAACCAAAAAUAAACCCAGCCCAUGCUGACA